AUGACAGCACAAAUUCCUCCUCCACCGAAUUCCCAAGUGCUUUCGUUGGUAGCAGCUUUAUCCCAAACAGAAAAUCAUGAUUUGCAUGUCCAAGCUAUUCGCGCCAGAGACGAAGCCUUAAGCGCAUCUCCGAACAGCUAUGGCAACCUCUGUGUCCAAUUAUCACUGUUACUGGUGGGGUGCAACAAUCCGGAGCAAAUGCUUCACCAAAUUGACCGACCUUCGUUAGACGGAUGGCGUCAAGCCAAUCAAUCAACUGCUCUUAGACUUGAGUCGGAUCCCAUGCAAUGGAUACCUUUUGGCCAGAUGGGUGGGCUGAUUCUGAAAAAUGCAUUGUUGCGUCCGCCAAUACAAAUAACAGGCCAAUCUAUGGCACUGAGUAAUGAAGACGCUUUGCGUUUGAAGGAAACUCUGGUAUUCGGGCUUUCUCUCGGUCAUCCUGAGUUGUACAACGUCGUUUCUUCCAUCAUCGCGACAACUUCUGUUUCAGUUGACGGUGUUCAACCUCUCAUGCACAUAUCUCAGUGGCCGGAGUUGAUGCCAAUCUUGCUUCAGAAUAUACACAAUGCGCUAAAUAGUUCGAAUGUGUCGUCCUUAAGUGGUUCGUUGACGACGGUGCGCAAGAUGAUGGAGGAUGGGCCUUCCGAGAUUCCAGUGAUGGCGCUUGAUUCCAUUGUACCAUUGCUCUUGCGCUUGUUUCAAGCAACUGACGAGAACAUCAAGGUUGCUGCACUACAAUCUAUAGUUGCCUGUUUGGGGUCUGGUAUGCUCCCAAGUUCUCUUGUCACACAUUUUUCAGAUUAUUUCACGGGGUUGUCUCAUCUAGCAUCUGAUGAAAGUGCUAAGGUUAGGAAAUGGGUCUGCCGAUCAAUUAACACAAUGUUGGAACUCCAUACACAUUAUCUCCAACCACAUAUGGGAUCGCUAUGCCAGUUUAUGUUACAGGCAACAAUUUUACAACCAUCCCAAGCCGAUGAUAUUGUAGCUGUUGAGGCCUCCGAAUUUUGGAUACUUUUUGCCACAUUGGAUGAGACACGUCUUACUUCUGAUAUGAUGGAUACAGUGGAAAAGCUGCUGCCGAAUCUAAUUCCCACCUUGCUUCAUAACAUAGUGUACUCCGAAGAGCAACGAAUUGAGAUUCUGGCACAAAAUGAAAUCGAUUUAGAAAUGAAGGAAUCGAUGAAACCCAUAUUCCACAGCACAAAACAGAAACACGACGGCCAAAGCGAUAUGGAUUCAGAGGAUGAAAGCGACGAUGACGGCUGGGACGAGGAUGAUACUGAAUGGAAUUUGCGAAAGUAUUCUGGUGCAUCUUUGGAUUCCUUAUCGAAUUUAUAUGGGGCGGGACCAAUUUUGCCAGCUCUUCUCCCUGCACUGCAGCAGGGAUUGUCGAGCGGAGAUUCUUGGAUUCAAGAAGCUAGUAUCCUUGCCCUCGGUGCAAUUGCGGAGGGUUGCCAUGAAGAGAUGAAUGCUCAUAUGGGUGAGCUAUAUCCUUUCUUACUAAAUUUACUUUCAGCACCCGAAACCCCUCAAGCACUACCGCAACUCAAAAGCAUUUGUGCAUGGACUGUUGGUCGCUAUGCGGCUUGGGCUGUAGACCAGGUCCAGAGAGGAGCACAAGGGCACCUGCUCGCCCAAGUGACCGAGGUUUUGCUGAAACGCUUAGACGAUAGCAAUCGAAAAGUCCAGAUUGCUUGUGGGUCAGCUCUUGGAGUAGUGAUUGAAACAUCUGGUGAUUUGCUUUUACCUUACCUCGAGCAUAUUUGCCCUCCUCUUGUCUCGGCAAUGUCAAGAUACCAAGGACGGAGCCUUGUGAUUAUUUUUGACACGCUUGGUAUAAUGGCUGACUCCUGUGGCCCAGCUAUUGGCGAGCAUGAGCUACCAGCGAUAUAUGUACCCACAAUGCUACACAUGUUGAAUACCAUAAUGCUGAAUAAUCCAUCUGAUCAGACGCUCUUGCCUCUGAUGGAGAGUUUGGCAAGCGUUGCCCUAGCAUGUGGUAUGAAUUUCCAGCCAUACGCCUUGGAGACGUUUGAAAACGCUAUGUGUGUCAUCGAGCAAGUUCAAUUGGCGCUGGCUACGGCGGACAAAGUCACGGAGGAGGAAGCAGACCCGAUAGUUUGUGCAACCGACUUGAUGGAUGGCCUGUGUGAAGGACUGGGGAAUAAUUUCAUCCCGCUUGUUGGAAGUAGCAAACGGUAUGGACAACACUUUGUUUCCGUAUUGCACAGUCUUUGCAAGUAUCAAGCAGUAGGUGUUCGAAUUUCUGCACUUGCUCUUUUGGGGGAUAUAGCAAGAAAUGCUCCAUCAUUGGUAGAACCUGGACUAUCUGAACUGCUUCAUGAAGCUAUAUCAAACAUUGAAGCCACGCACCAUGAAAUGCAUUCGAGCUUGGCAAACAAUGCAGUGUGGGCAAUUGGUGAAAUUUGUGUUCAAUGCGGUUCCAACUCUGCACCAUUUGAACCCUUUGCAUCUCUUUUGAUGCAACGACUUAUUGUGCUUCUUAUGGGCAAUGGUGAAGGGCGAAUUUCUUCUGGGUGUGGUGUUAAUGUUGCGGAUGUCAUCUCUUCGAUUUUAUUUGCAAUCAUUUCGUGGCAUAUUCCAGCAGAAUCAGGUCCCGAACAAAUCGACUUCGUUACUGGAGAGUAUGCUUUUCAGCCAUUCCCACCCAGUGAUGCCGAAAUCGGCCUGCAAUUAGCCAAGCUAAUGAAGGACAUAAAAGCUUCGGUUGGUUCUGAUGUUUGGGGAUCCACCCAAGCUCAGCUUCCAGUGAAUGUUCGGCGACUGCUUCAAAAGGCUUAUGAUUUGUGA